AUGAGAAUCGGCGGUUUGGAUGAGAUUAUGCAAUACGCGUCGGAGAUAACGACGUCGUCUUCCUCCUCGGCGGUUGAAGCGUUCGAUCUCAAGGACGCGUCGUCGUGGUGGUCCGACGUAAACGAGUCUCCGAUUUGGCAGGAUCGUAUCUUCCACGCGCUCGCUCUUCUCUACGGAUUCGUCUCCAUCGUCGCUCUGAUUCAAUUAGUGAGAAUCCAAUUGAGAGUUCCGGAAUACGGAUGGACGACGCAGAAGGUCUUUCACUUCCUCAAUUUCGCCGUGAACGGAGUUAGGGCUGUGGUGUUUGUGUUCAGGAGAGAUGUGCAGUUCAUGCAGCCAGAGAUAUUCUUUGGUUUUGGACAGGCGCGUGCUGUGUCUACUGAUGGACUGAGGCCAGGCUUCUUCACAAUCAAUGCAGUUGUUUAUGUAGUUCAGAUUGCUCUUUGGUUGGUUUUGUGGUGGAAGCCUGUUCGAAUUAUGGUUAUCCUAUCAAAGAUGUUCUUUGCUGGUACUUCCUUGUUUGCUGCCCUUGGAUUUCUACUUUACGGUGGAAGGCUUUUCAUAAUGUUGCAAAGUUUUCCAGCAGAAUCUAACGGACGCCGCAAAAAGCUCCAAGAGGUUGGUUACGUGACAAUCAUAUGCUCUAUGUGUUUCCUCAUCAGAUGUAUCAUGAUGUGCUUUGCUGCUUUCAACAAGGGGGCAGACCUUGAUGUGUUGGAUCAUCCCAUCCUUAACUUCAUAUAUUACCUGUUGGUAGAGAUAUUACCUUCUUCUUUGGUCCUCUUCAUCUUGAGAAAGCUACCACCAAAACGAGGCAUCACACAGUACCAUCAGAUCCGCUGA